AUGGCUCCAAUAACGUCUCGAUUGGGCUUUUUAGCCGCUCCAAGAACAGUCAAGAGCGCUGAGCCGGUGGCGAACAUCUUCGUCUCCUCGCUCGAGCUAGACAUGCGCGAUGAGAGCUCGGCUGGACUCUACACUCGCGGCGAAGACGUACCCGCUCUGUCACCAAUACAACAGCAUGAUGUCCUCGCAGGAGCGGUGCAGAAGCGAGCCGACUCGACAUUCGUACCCGGCCAAGGCACCAAAGCGCCGGACACAUUCAACAACGGGGGCUUCUUCGCCCUCUUUGCCAUCCUUGGCGCGGCCAUGGUGCUCGCCAGUCUGUGGUUCUUCUUCUGGGCCAAGAAUGGAGGAUUCAAGUGGCAACAGGGUGACUGGGACGACUACAAGUCUACCGUGCUGCGACGGAAGGGGCCAGACGGGAAGACGUUGAGUAAUGCCACCAAGAGCACGAAGCUGGGCGGCGGCACCAUUGCCGGCACGCAACGCUAUGCUUGGCAGAAGAACAUGGCUCGCUCUGUCGUGAGCAAGGACGAGAAGGGUAGAAAGGGGAUCCUGGGCAAGAGAGGCUGGGCCAAGACGCACAGCAUCACCUACAGCGACGACUUUACGGAUUCCUUGGGCACACGUACCGUUACGGACGAGAUGGCAGAAGUGCGCUCGGAGCCUGACUUUGGACACCACUCCAAGCGUUACCGCGAUCGUGAUGUCCGGCAGUACAAGAAGGAGAAGCCUGCGCGGGUCGGAGGCCUCAACCGUGCUGCGGAUGGGAGCAACUUCGACUACACCAACACCGACCGCUCCGACGUCAUGACCGAGUCCGUCCUCACCGAGAGCUCGGAACAACCCAUGAUACCCAAGAAGAAAGACGACAACAAGCGCAAGGAAAAAGAGCGAGCAGAGCGCAAGGCUCGCGAGGAGGCAGCCCGCAUGGAGCGUCGCUGGAAGAGAGAAGCAGAAGAAGCCGCCGCAGCACUCGCACGUGAGAGCGAGCGGAUCCCACCACCCCCCGCGGCCAAGAAGAGUGCCGGUCCCUCCAAGAAUCCAUCUUCCGCCCAGAAGCCGCGUCGAGAUCGUGGCUCGCGCUCCAACUCUCCCAAGAAGCGGGAUUUCUCCUACACCAAUGGCCCCGAGUCGGAGGUUCUCAGCACCGCUUACACCCAGUCGACCUCGCAGCGGACUUCCAGCUACUACGACGAAUACCGCCCCCGUGCGAGCGAGCGCUACUCUUCGGAGUACGGCCACACGGCGCGUAGCAGUCGACAGAGCUCGCCGCGCAAGAAGCAAGGCAGAGGAGCACCGCGCUCCGGCGGCUACCGUCGCGGCAACACCGACAGUGACCUCGAAUGA